GGACACCCCUAAUCUAAUUGCUCGAAUUGCUCGAAAUCCAGUCCUAUGAUCACAUGAAAGACAAUGAUUCCAUCGAUCUUCUUGGUGAAGGGAACAUGACUUGAGUUGAGAUGCCCAGUGGACAAAAUUGCUGCAAGUGUUUACUGUUAUCAGUUAUCCUCAACAGCAAUUCCAUCGAAAUUCGAUAGAUGUUAGGUCAGCUUCAGCUCCAUACCCUCUCCGCCACUCUAUGCCUCCAAGACCACAAUUACUCCAGCUUUCAGGCGCCAGUCAACCUUUCUGCCCCCGCCUGCAAACGCCGUCGCCUCUUUCUGGUAUCCUCAUCCAACCACCACCAAGAAAAUCACCAGAAGGCCGAAAGCAAGACUACCUCAAAAGAUGAAGUUGUUAUUACUCGAAAGCACAAUUCCAAAUCCACCGCCAUGCUCCUUCACUCCCUAUGGGUCAAGCACAACUCACACUAUGAACCGCCGCCUCGAUUCACGGCGGUGGCGGAGACUGGAGGGUCUUCUUUAGAGGAUAAAGUGGAGCUUCUAGAAAUGUCACUGGUGAAAAAAAGAACUCCUCAAUUCCCAGGCUCAAUUACGGAUUUUCAUGCCUCAUCAUCGCCUAUCCAGGCCUUGGUUGAUGACAGAAGUGGCAAUGAAGAAGAAGACAUGCUUAUUAAAGCCCUAGAAAUACGCAGAAAAGUCACCACUGAAAUUUUCAUGGAGGCGAUGAAAAAGAGGAAGUUCGGGAUCACUUAUGCGAGAAAUUUGGUGUCCAGAUUGCCUGAUUACAUAGAUCAUGUGAUGAUCCAGGCUGCUUCAAUGAAGCAAAUGCCUGAAUUCUCACAUUCAUCUUUCAAUCAUCGAGCUAGGGCAUUCAUAGAUGAUUCCGAAGUCGUGCCAUUGAUAAGGUGGUUGAAACAAAAUGAGUUAUCAUUUCUUCAAAUCGGGAACAUUAUCUGUAAAUCAAGAGGAGAUGUCAUGCAUAUAAGGAGGCUUGUUGAGUGGUUAAGUUCAGUUCACGUGAAGGGAAAAUUCAUAGCAGUUGCAAUGCUGAGAUCAGGGGGUAAUGUUUUUAACCGAAAUUUUGAUGAAUUGAAUGACAAUAUUGAGUAUUUGGAAAAGAAUGGAGUGCGGAGGGACUGGAUGGGCUAUAUUAUCAGCAGGUGCCCUGAAAUAUUGUCAUUUAGCAUGGAAGAACUAAAAACUCGUACUGAAUUCUAUCUGAAUUUUGGAAUGAAUGAGAAGGAUUUUGGGACUAUGGUUUUUGACUAUCCUAAGGUGAUUGGCUACUUAAGUAUGGAAGAGAUGAACCAAAAGGUUGCAAAUCUAAAGGAGUUUGGCCUUAGUAACGAGGAUGUUGGUAGAUUAAUUGCAUUCAAACCACAUUUGAUGGGUUGUAGCAUCGAGGAGAAGUUGAAACCUCUUGUGAAGUUCUUCUACUACCUUGGGAUUUCUAAAGAAGGAAUGAGAAAAAUUCUAGUCACAACGCCAAUAGUGUUCUGCAUUGACUUGGAGAACACCAUUGUGCCUAAGGUCCAGUUUUUGAGAGAUAUUGGAGUCCAGGAAGAUGCCAUCGGAGACGUGCUUGUCCAGUUCCCGCGGAUAAUGACAUAUAGUCUCGAGAAGAAAAUACGCCCAACGGUUAUAUUCCUCUUGACAAAAGCUGGAGUCUCCCAGAGAAAUAUUGGGAAGGUAUUAGCCUUAGCGCCGAAGCUAUUGGGAUGCAACAUCACACAUAAAUUGGAUCUUAACGUGAAGUACUUUUUGUCACUCGGCAUACCUUUCUGGCAAUUGGGUGAUAUGAUUGCUGACUUUCCAUUGAUUCUUCAGUACAAUAUUGAAGUUCUUCGCCCUAAAUACCAAUACUUGCGGAGAACCAUGGUUCGCCCUCUCAGGGAUCUAAUUGAAUUCCCAAGGUAUUUCAGCUAUUCCCUUGAUAAAAGAAUAAUCCCAAGACAUAAAGUCCUGGUAGCGAACAAUAUAAAUUUUAAGCUGAAACAUAUGCUGGCAAGCACAGAUGAAGAAUUUGAUCUGAAGGUUAAAGAUGCAGUGGAAAGACGGCAGAGAUUUGAACGUGUCAACCAUUGUGACAAGCUGCUGCAGCUUGGGCAUUGAAAGAGCCAUGCAUUUGUACACCAAAUUUCAUCACCAGCAGUUCCUCCGGCUUUGGCUUGUGCACUUGCGCCCGUUUUUUGGCAACAAAGCACUAUGCUUUAUCCUUCUCCAUAGGCACAUGAAACAUCCAAAGUUGAAUUUUAUUACAAUACUCAAUGUCUUUUUUGCUCCGAUAUCAUGGAAUGAUUCAUGUAAGCCGACUCCAAAAUCUAUUGGGAAUAAGGUUUGGUUGUUGUUGUUGUUAUAUGCUCAAUACAUUUUCCAUGUAAUUCAAUGACCAGAAUGCAUCAAAUAUAUGCCAACAUCCAUAACACUGCCCUGAACUGUAUACAGGUGUACUCAGAUGCAAAGGAUAACAACUAUGACAUUUAACUCUUAAGUAGUGUUGUGAAUGCCAUAUUUUUUG